AUGAGUAGUAUAGAUGAUGGAGGUCAGGAUGGUACGUUUUGGGAUGCUGGACGAGAAUUUAAACCAUGGAGAGAGUUGUCAAAUGAAGUGGUUAAAAUAUCAGUUGAAAACAUUCAGCCUGAUUCACUGGAGGCAGGUGAUAUUGCUACAAAGACGAAUGCAUCAAAUAAACUCAAGGAAAAUGCCUGCCUUACCUCUCAGUAUGGCCUUACAGAAAUCAAUUAUACAACAAGGAAGCUCGAUGUAUAUGCAGUAAGAGAUUCAAUUAGUGGAUCAAAUGGAAAAAGUACAGAAUCAGACUCAAGUAAGAAAAAACCUAAACAUUAUCCAUUUGUGAUUGCAAGUUUAGAUGAAAUUGGAUAUUUUUAUUUGGUAGUUGGCGUUAAUGGUGCAGCUCAAUAUGUUGACAUUAGCAUAAGCUAA